AUAUUUCUAUAAGAAUCUGAUAGUAAACGAUUCAUAAUUUACGUUUACUUUAUUGUUCCUUGUAUUUAUAGAAUGUUAUAAACCGAAAACCGGUUUGACUCCUCCGUGUUUGCUCGGCGACCAAAAAUAAAUUUAAACUCCAGAUUUCUUUUAAAUUAUGGAUAAAGAGAACUAUGAAACCUACGAAUUUUUGCCUGCGUCUGGAAGCAGUACAGAAGCGGAACCCUAUCAGUUCUUUGUUGUGCAAGACGAUGGAACGUUUCUUAUUAACAGACAAGUGCAAUAUGUGACUCAAGUGCAAAACACCCGGGAAGUUCUAGAGGGAGAGCAAGCCUGCACCAUGCUGGAUGUGGCUCCGCAGCAGUUCUUUGUUGACAUUGACACUACCACUGAAAUGAUCUCUGUACCAGACCAGUUCAGCAUACCAGAAGCAACCAACAACUUGUAUGCUAACAGCUACCUUUUGCAACCUGAAGCUGAGGCUCCAGUAGAUCAGGUAAAAACCAAAAUAGAACUAAAACCAAUCUUGCAAACAGAUAAUUCUGCCACUGAAACUAAUAAGCAGGAUGCUUUGUCAGGAAAUAACUUAACAGAGAUAACUCUGACAGAUGAGCAAUAUCAUAUACUAGAACGGAAGGGCUGGAUUUUACUAGAAACUAACGAGAAGGUGUAUGUCCUAGACACUUUAGGGCUUCACGACAUAACUAAUAACGAAAAACUAAUACAAAAGCUGAAAGCAGAUGAUACCGCCCCUGGUGGAACUGAAGCCAGGGUAACUGAAACUGAACCCGGCCUUCUAAAGAUAGAGUAUCCUCCACUGAGUGAAAUGGACAUGGAGCAAUUGAAUUGUGCCCAGAAUAACAGUAAAGUAGAAGAAGCGUCAGAAUUAUCUCUGAUGGUGGAUGACAAUAUUGAUAAUAAAGAUCAAAUUGAGAAAUCCCAAUGGGAAGAGAAACCUAACACAGAGAAAACUGACACUUCUAAUAGUAAUAAAGCUCCGGUGGAAAACCUUUACUCCGGGGUUUGUAACAACUGGAAAGAUGAGAAUGUUUUACGAAUACGCACUGACUUCUGUCUAAAAGAUAUUCCAGAUAAGAUCGUAUUAGGAAAAACUAAAAAUGGAAAGAAGCUGGUUUGCCGGGUCAUCAAACCGGACGAAAAUGUUGCAAAAGAGACCCAACAUUCCGAUGCAGACAUGGAUAGCAUUUCUGACUCGAUUGGUUCUAGCGAUUUGGGUGACGACAAAUUAGACAGUAUAUUCAGAAUGUGUUUCACGGAGAGCACCGUGAAAUACAGCACCGAGGACGUGGCGUUCGCCGAGAAGGUGAUCCGGAACCUGGUGCGGCUGCCGGCGGUCAAGCCCGCCGUGGCCAACCGCAACGUGCUCGUCACUAAGGUACACCAGACGGCAUAUUCAGAAUGUGGCUUCACGGAGAGCACCGUGAAGUACAGCACCGAGGACGUGGCGUUCGCCGAGAAGGUCAUCCGGAACCUGGUGCGGCUGCCGGCGGUCAAGCCCGCCGUGGCCAACCGCAACGUGCUCGUCACUAAGGUAGUGGUGACACAUGAAGAUGCAAAUCUCAUAGAGAGCCUGCCCACGCUAGUGACUGGGGAAGUGGUGCCCUUGGACAAAACUUGGCGAUUCCUUCACCGGCCAGAAUUAUACGCUACUGCGAAAGAUGAACUCUCACAAGCACAAGACAGCUACUCUGGAGUGGACCACAACUUUCUGCACAUUCACAUCCACGAGAUUCGAUUGCAAGACAUUGUACGAACAUCUGUCACUUUGAAUAAACGACGCCUGGAACUAUCAAGCACGCAGCAUUCAGAAAGGAUAUUCAUACCAGCUCUGCCAUUAAACGCCUCCACCAAUGUAGAGCCAGAAAACACUAUGUUCGGCUACGCUUGCGGGACUUGUGCCGCGAUAUUCAGAUCAGAGAAGGACCUCAACACACAUCGAGAGACUCAUAAAAUGGAUACUGACGACAAAUUAACCAUAGACACGCGAGAAGAGAAUCACAACAAAAAUGGAAUCCUUGUUCUAGCCGAUCCUCUCAAUAAAACAAGAACGUUUGCCUGUAUGCAAUGUAAUGCCAAGUUCCAAAGGUUGAACAACUGCCAGAGACACGUGAAGACCCACAUGGCGCCCGUGGACAGCGAAAACCCAGAUGACAAGAAAAGAGUAUACAAAUGUAAAAUAUGCUACAGUUUCUUCCACCAUGCUCCCACGCUGUUGAAACAUAUUAUGAAGAGUCAUAUUAAAGUGGAUAAAUAAUAAAAAAAA